AUGCCGAUAAGAUUCAGCAAGUGGAUAGAGGAAGUGCUGUGGCGCAAGGCAGGGAAGGAACCGAAGACUGAGGCAGGGAAGGUGAACAUCAGAUUGAGCGAGUUGACCGGCAAGUCAGCGACCCAUUCAGGGAAGAUUGAGGAGGAUAGGUGGCACAAUCCCUUGGAACUUGGCUUGACGAGGUUAAGUGGGCUUAGGUUGAGAAGUAUAUUAAUGUGCCAGAGCCUAGAGUUAUGGAUAAAUAAUUUAGUAGAAACGGAACAGGAUCAUUGGUCCCCGGACAAGUCCUCAUGCAAAGUCGAGGGAGUGGGAUUUUUAUUUAAUGGCCUUCCGAGAUCGGAAUGUAAACCAACAGAAGAAAAUAAUCAAUGGUCUGCGUUAACUCGUUCCAACGAAUUAUGGAGAGGACAGAAGUAUCAAGCAACCUUAGCAACCUGUAUGGAUAUGCUGAGUAUAAUCUUGAAUUUGUAUCAGAACAUAGAGACAUCAGAAGAGGGCUGGCAAAUAAAGAGUGAGGAUGCAUGUCAGGCUAUAUAUAACUAUCUGAAAGAGUGGGGAGGAGAAGAUGUCGCUGACGAGGUGAUGAAAGAAUGGUUCUACAAUAGAGAACAAGAAGACAUGAGAGAAGCAGGCUUACCAGUAUUUCAACACGGCAAAAGUCGGAGUAGUCUCUGGGAACCCUUCUUUAAAACCGCGAGAAGUUAUGUUACGGAGCUUCAAUGCGAUAGGAAGCAAGGAGAUAAGAAUAAGUGGGAAGUCAGCUGUUUAAGGACAGUGAAUAACAACGACUGUGAGAAUCUGGGAGAAGUAGGAGAGGACAAACUAGGCACGGAACAGGUAGAAAACUUCAACAAGGUAAGGACACAGCAACAACGAUCAAAAGAAGCGAAAGUCGGGGGGCUGGUAUUUCUUGAGAACACGACGAGUGAGAGUCUAAGCCUGAGAGGAGAAACAACAGUAUCUGGAGGGAGGAGAGUUUCAUGUUUUAGUGUUAAUGUUAAUUCCAUUAUGACAAUCAUGACGAGAACUAAUGAUACAUAUCAUUCGAAUACCCCUGCUAUUAAGGAUAAACAACAGCAUGAGAACCAAGCCGAGAAGCAUCUGUAUGAAUUGCAAAGGGUGGAAAAUCUCGUAAAGGCGCAACUAGCGGCCCAGGACGGGGGGGGGUUAGAAAAGAUAAUAGGAGGUGUUACUGCGGUGGUAUUAGGGGUGAGUGCGAUGAUUGGCUCGUAUCGAGUGAUGAGGAAGCGGAGCAGAAGAGGAAACCCCAGGGGGGUGAAAUCUGACCCCAUGAUUGGAUAUGCAAAAAUUCGGGGACCCGAUAAUCAAUAG